GUGGCAGUCAAAGUUCAAUCUCUAUGGUUGGAUAGUUUAUGAUAAAGCGCUCCUUUUCAUUCCCUGCGCAGCCCGCUGUGGAUGGACAGCAUACCCGCUGAGCAGGGACCAGAUAUAUUCACGAGAUUUGUAGGUAGUAAAUAAAUGCUACCACAUCCCUUUUAGUAAAGUAGCUAUGUAUCUCAAACAAACCCACACUCCUCUGACACAAUACGAAGACUCCCGACCUGGCUUUGCAAAACGAACACACCCGCCUCAAAUCGCGAGUCUCCCUCCACAUCUCGCGAUGUUUGCGGAGCGGUGGCGUUGUUCGGGCGAGACGAGACCGAGGCUGUCUGGAAAUUUGUCUCGUGGGUUACACUCAAACGCAUUAAUCGUAUUAGACGUUGUUUUGUACGUCCGACAAGUUCAUCGUUUCACACUUUUGCGCGCACCGCAAUUCGUUUUCCAAAUUAGGCUGAAGAAUGGCUGCCGCUGAGGUGAACGGUAGUUCUGCCCCGGCAAAGGAGGAUGAGGAGCCCAUGGAUGUGACAGCAACACACACAGAGAACUACGUGACGCUCCUCGAUGCUGGGCUGCCCCAGAAGGUGGCUGAGAGCUUAGAUAACAUCUUCCAGACAGGCUUAGUGGCGUACGUUGACCUGGAUGAAAGGGCUAUCGAUGCGCUGCGGGAGUUCAACGAGGAGGGAGCGCUCACUGUGCUGCAGCAGUUCAAAGAGAGCGACCUGUCCCAUGUACAGAAUAAAAGUGCUUUCCUUUGCGGAGUCAUGAAGACCUACAGACAGAGGGAAAAACAAGGAAGCAAAGUACAAGAGUCCACCAAGGGACCGGAUGAGGCAAAAAUAAAGGCUCUGUUGGAGCGGACAGGAUACACUCUGGAUGUCACUACAGGGCAGAGAAAAUAUGGAGGUCCCCCUCCUGAGGAUGUGUACAUAGGCUCACAACCAGGCAUUGGAACUGAGGUCUUUGUUGGAAAAAUCCCCAGGGAUUUGUAUGAAGAUGAACUGGUGCCGCUGUUUGAGUCUGCUGGUCCCAUCUGGGACCUCAGGUUAAUGAUGGAUCCUCUCUCUGGCCAGAACAGAGGUUAUGCCUUCAUCACAUAUUGUAAUAAGGAUGACGCACAAAAGGCUGUGAAGCUUUGUGAUAACCAUGAAAUCCGUCCUGGAAAGUACUUGGGAGUCUGUAUAUCUGUUGCGAACAAUCGCCUGUUUGUUGGAUCAAUUCCAAAGAACAAGACAAGAGAAAGUAUAUUGGAAGACUUUGGAAAAGUCACAGAGGGUCUCCAAGAGGUGAUCUUGUACCACCAGCCAGAUGACAAGAAGAAGAACCGUGGCUUCUGCUUCCUGGAGUACGAGGAUCACAAGUCUGCAGCACAGGCUCGCCGCCGCCUAAUGAGUGGCAAGGUCAAAGUGUGGGGGAACCCAGUUACUGUGGAGUGGGCUGACCCUGUUGCUGAACCGGACCCGGAGGUCAUGGCCAAGGUUAAGGUGCUUUUUGUAAGGAAGUUGGCCACAGCGGUGACCGAAGAGCUCCUGGAAAAAACCUUCUCUCAGUUUGGAAAGCUAGAACGAGUGAAGAAGUUGAAAGACUACGCCUUUGUUCAUUUUGAAGACAGGGACGCUGCUGUGAAGGCCAUGGACGAGAUGAAUGGUAAGGAGCUGGGAGGAGAGGAGAUUGAGAUUGUGUUGGCAAAGCCCCCUGACAAGAAGAGGAAAGAGCGCCAAGCAGCGCGACAGACCACCAGGAACGCAGGGUAUGAUGACUACUACUACUACCCCCCUCCACGCAUGCCACCACCAGGCCGAGGCAGGGGUCGUGGUGGCCGAGGGGGCUAUGCCUAUCCGCCAGAUUACUAUGGCUAUGACGACUACUAUGACGACUACUAUGGCUACGACUAUCAUGACUACCGCGGUGGCUAUGAAGACCCUUACUACGGCUACGAAGACGUGUACAGCAUGAGGGGCCGUGGUACUCGUCCCAGCAGGGGAGGGCCUCCCCCACCCAGGGCCCGUGGAGCUCCGCCGACACGAGGCCGCGGCGGCUACGCCCAAAGGGGGCCGCCCCUGGGUGGCCCGAGGGGUGGCCGAGGAGGGCGAGGAGCCCCUUUCCAGCCUCAGAGGGGCCGUGGUCCUCGCGGUGCCAGAGGCAAUCGCGGGGGAAACGUCGGCGGAAAGAGGAAGGCAGACGUGUUUAACCAGCCUGACUCCAAGCGCCGCCAGACCAACAACCAACAGAACUGGGGGUCCCAGCCCAUCGCCCAGCAGCCCCUGCAGCAAGGGGCCGACUAUUCUGGUGGAGAAGCAUUGAGAGCGGCACCACUAGAAUGAGGAACUCACCUGAACGGUACUCAAGGGUGAGCUAGCCUUGCACAGAGUACUGUCUCCUCCUGUAGCUAACUGUAAUCACUGGAGAAACACUAGCCAUAAUUGUACAAUGUUUUUUUUUUUUUUUUCCUUUUGUUAUUGUUUCCUUACUAAUAUACUGUCCUAUGAAUCAAGCUUCAUUAUUGGGUAGGAGUGUGAUUUUUCUUUUCCAGGCUGUGAUGAAGACAAGUCACUAAAGUUGACUGAUGAAUCACUGGACAUAUUGCAUGUUCUAGGGCUUAAGGGGACAAAUGAAUAGCAUCUAUUUCCUUUUCACCGAGGGCCAAAAGAAGGUUUCUUUAAACUGGAUUAAACAGCCUGAAGGCAGACAGUAAUGGAUUUGGUAAGCGCUCUAAAUUUAAAACCAAGCAAACACCUGCUGCCUGCCUUGGCUUACUGCACUGAAAUCACCUCAGCUGUCUGCACAAACGUGAAAUGGACAUUUCUCCUUCUGCACCACUAGAGGUAGCAGCUCCACACCAGCACGACUAUGGUCUAUUGUCUAUCCGGCGUGGCUUUAAUUGGCUAUUUUCAGAGCUGAAAAGGUAAUAAUUACUAGAUUAUCGUUGCAUAAAGGUGCUUCUUUUUAAAUGUGCCCGCAUAGCAUCGGGGUACUGGUUUUAAUAUUUGUGAAAUUGGCUGAUGUCGGAACAAUGGCUGCGCCUCAAAACGGAGGUUUUUACCCUGUAACACCACACGAUGGCAGUAGAUGUGCCACUUUAAUUUAUAUUUCACAGGUAAGACUGGGAUGUAGUGGCCACAGUGCAUCUGAAAGCUUCUUUACACAUUUUUGAUUUUCAUCAAAGUUCCAUCAAAUGCUGGAGUGUCCUUGAACAGCUUCUCAUAUCCGAACUGUGUCUUUAUAUGUUGCCUCUUGUCACCAGGCAGUAAAGGAGCUGCCCCCCAUCCAUGUGAUUGAGUUCACAGAAUUGGAAGAACUAAUUGGUCAGUCAGGACAGUGUUCUCCACAAGGUGUGAUCCAGACCACGAACUGGAAUUCACAGGAUGAACUCUACAACAUGAAGGUCCAAGAUCCAUGGGCAAACUUGCCAGCCGUCCUGCUAAGAGCUAAGGAGAAGUUAGAGGGCAGAAAUGUAGGAGGAUGCAGCUAAUGAACACAUGACCCACAGCUCCAUCUAGCAGCCUGCUGCGUCCUUAUCCUGCGCAAAGAAUUAUGUCUGUAGCAGGAAAUUAUCUGUGCUUUUGAUUGUGAAAUAUGUUAUUACCCAAAUAAAUAAGUCUUUGUGUGA